AUGGAGUUGUCAUGGCUUCAUUUGGUUAUUUUCCUUCUCACAGGACUUGUAUCCUGUGAAUAUAUCAUUCAGACUUUUGAUGGAGAAAUUGGAGCAGGAAAUUUCACAUAUUUUUCACUAAAGAAAGAAGGUGACAUAACAUUGAUUCUUGAAAGCCUGGAGGGGGAUGCUGACAUCUAUGUAUCGCAAAAUAAUCCUAAACCAGACUAUGAUAAUUAUGACCUUAAGUCGGCAACUUGCGGUGAUGAUAUUGUGACGAUUCCAAGUUAUUACAAGAGACCCAUUGCAAUAUCAGUCUACGGUCAUGUGUAUGCACCUCUAUCAAAGUACACAAUGAAAGUUUUAAUGGAUUACUCAACAGAAGACAGUGUAGGGGCAUCUUAUGAAAAUGAGGAGUCGCAGGAGUCCCUUAUUUGGACAUUAUUUGUCAACAUUUUGAAGAUUAUCUUGGAGAUCCUGCUGUGA